AUGUCGACGCUCGAAGAUAUCGACGACUUGGAGCGUGAUGAGAAGGAGCAGAAGAAGGACGGCGACGACAGAGACAAAAAGCCCUCUCAGAAUGGCGACGCAAAAGACGCGGAGAUGAAAGAUGCAGGGGCUGACAAGGAGGAUGAGGAACAACAGUACAUAGACGACGAGAUCCUGCAGUCAAGUACAAGAGACAUUAUCAACCGGCGGCGAUUGCUAGAGAACGAGAUGAAGAUCCUCAAGAGUGAGUAUCAGCGGUUAAAGCACGAGGAGACUACGAUGAAGGACAAGAUCAAGGACAACUUGGACAAGAUUGAGAACAACAGACAACUACCCUACCUCGUCGGAAACGUCGUCGAACUGCUCGAUCUCGAUGUCGAAGCCGAAGCAGCAGAAGAAGGCGCCAACAUCGAUCUUGACGCCACGCGUGUAGGCAAGUCUGCGGUGAUCAAAACUAGUACCCGACAGACCAUUUUUCUGCCGUUGAUCGGCCUGGUUGACCACGACAAGUUGAAGCCGGCCGACCUGAUUGGCGUCAACAAGGACUCGUACCUCGUCCUGGACACCCUCCCUGCUGAAUACGACUCGAGAGUCAAGGCGAUGGAAGUCGACGAGAAGCCGACGGAGAAAUACACCGAUGUAGGUGGCCUGGACAAACAGAUUGAAGAGCUUGUGGAAGCAGUAGUCUGGCCCAUGAAAGAAGCCGAACGUUUCAAGAAGCUCGGCAUCAAGGCCCCGAAGGGUGCCCUGAUGUAUGGGCCUCCUGGGACGGGCAAGACACUGCUCGCUCGUGCUUGCGCGGCUCAGACAAACGCCACUUUCCUCAAACUUGCGGGUCCCCAGCUUGUGCAGAUGUUUAUCGGUGACGGAGCCAAGCUUGUGCGCGACUGCUUCGCACUGGCAAAAGAGAAGGCUCCUUCGAUCAUUUUCAUUGACGAGUUGGAUGCAGUGGGCACCAAGCGUUUCGACUCGGAGAAGAGUGGUGAUCGAGAGGUUCAGCGGACCAUGUUGGAAUUGCUCAAUCAACUCGAUGGGUUUGCUUCGGAUGAGAGAAUCAAGGUGCUGGCUGCCACGAACCGAGUCGAUGUGCUGGAUCCUGCUUUGCUCCGUUCGGGUCGGUUGGAUCGAAAGAUUGAGUUCCCUCUGCCGAAUGAAGAGUCACGCGCUCAGAUUUUGCGGAUCCAUUCCAGGAAGAUGACCAUUGACGAAGGGAACAUCAACUUCGAUGAGCUGGCGAGGUCGACGGAUGAGUUUGGCGGUGCUCAGCUCAAAGCGGUGUGUGUGGAAGCUGGCAUGAUUGCUCUUCGAAAAGGCCAGUCAAAAGUCAACCACGAAUCCUAUGUCGAGGCUAUUGCUGAAGUGCAAGCGAAGAAGAAGGACACGGUCAACUUCUACGCUUAG